UACCAAAAGAGUCCAUGUAUCAUGAGUUCGGCAUUCUUUACGGAAUCAACUGCAGCGAAUGGAGUCCACCUAGUAUCUUGGACAAAUUGGUCAUAUGGAUCAAUACGUGGAGCUACAUUGACAAUCUCCCGUCGAGAUGGUGGUCUUCUGAUUGCGUUCUUGGCGCUGUUCGUGACAGUCACUGGAGGCGCUACAUUCAGAACUGUCUCUUAUGGUUUGCAUCAACUCCUGUCCUCGAAUAUUCAACAAGAUGGACUCUAUCACCAGCGCCAAGCAAUAUUGCGCAAUUCUGGGAUGGGUCUACGCGGGGUGUGGAAGCUGAUAUGCAUGCAAUUUGCUUGGAGGGGAAAGGCAAAAAGUAUUGCCAUCCGAGUAAUACCAUUGUUAACACAGGGUCUCCUGAAUAUCGGGGCAUUCUAUGUUGCUAGUGUAUUCUCGUCGCAGAUAUCGACUUCCACCGGCAGCGAAGUGCUCUUGUCCAGUCCACAAUGUGGCUACAUCAAUCCUGGUCUUGACGAUUCGUUUACAGAUCAAUUCAGUGGUCUUCUUCCGUACUAUGUUCAGCUUGCCGUUGCAAGUACGGAUUAUGCACAGCAAUGCUACCAGAUAAAUGUAACAGCACAGGAUUGUUCUACCUUUAGCAAACAUAGUCUGCCAUAUCACAAGUCAACUGGAGUGGCCUGCCCCUUUAACCAAUCAAUUUGCUUACAAGCAAGCGAUGCCAUUCAAUUCGACACCGGUCCGCUGGAUAGCCAUGUUGAUUUGGGAAUCAAUGCUCCCCAGGAGGAUCGCUUCACGUAUCGUUCAGUGCUCACUUGUUCUCCUCUCAAGACACAAGGAUACACAAGUCUGCAGAACGGGUCCGACGGAUCUGUAGAGAGCCAGGUCAUGAAUUACUACUAUGGCACUUCAGGCACCGAGGAUUUGAGUGUACCGAAUCCAUACACCUACUUCUAUCCAAAUUAUCUCGAUCUGAAUAUCACAACACAAUCUCAAAACACUCAAGAUUACACCAAUCGUGACCUACUACCUCGACUCGUUGAACAAUUCUGCGCUCCCGGAAAUACCGACCCAGCGUCUUUUUAUUAUCGAGAUCAACCAGUGGGAGCCCUUGGCUGCACUCAGCAAUUCCAAUUCUGCAAUCCUAAUCUAAGUGACGGAACUGGCUGCACUCCUCUGCUGGGUUUCUACUCAAACUUUGCCAAUCCGAACGUCACGAACGGUCUUUGGAAGACAGCAGCACAGGACACCUCUUUCACAUAUUUCACUUCGGUGAUUGGGGUGUUUGGAUUUGCCUCAACGAACAUUGAUGAUGUGGUUGCUAGUCUCGGCAUCUCUGCUUUGCUCGCGAGAAACUCGCUAGGGGUAGGAAUACAAGGUCCUUUACCAAACAAUCAGUGGGAGCUUGAAGUGGAGCAUUGGAUGCAAGCUUCUCUAUCCUUGCUUCAGAGAACGCUGUUGGAGCAAGCAGCAGGCCCCUUCACCGAAGACGUUUAUCCGUGGCUCGCGAAACCGCAGGAUGCUCAAGAUCAAGCACAGUGUCGCAGACAGAUGAUAAGAAGUACAGACUAUACAUCCUUCAGCAUUCUCGGCUUGACGCUACUUUUCGCACUUGGCGGCAUCAUCAUAAUUUUGUCGCUUAUCCUCGAGCCACUUGUCAACUGUAUACAAGGCCGCCGAGGCAUAAAUCUCUACAAGCGCAUGGAAUGGGCCACAAACGAAACACUUCAGUUGCAACGUUUAGCACACGAAGAGAUCGGGUUUGGAAAUUGGACUGAAACGACUAGUACUGUUCCUGUCACCAAGAUCGGCGACCUUCUGGCCAUCAUGGAUGUCUCCGAUCAAGAUCACCCGAGAUUAGGAAGACCAAUAUUACCUGAAGCUGAGACUGAGAAAGAGUCCAAAGCUACGGCUGUACAUGAUGAGGGGGUCAAAGUUACACCAGCCAUCACUGCAGCAAGUCAUGGUAAGGCAGAGCGUACUGAGGGGACAACUGCAAUUGAGCAUCAUGAAGAGGAUCAAAUGGCAUCAGCUGCUACUGUAGUGGGUCCUGACACGCUUGAAGGCACCCAUUCCACUGCCGCUUCUCAUGAUCAUAAGAUCGGCAGCAUACCUGUCACGAUCCAUGACCAAGGAAGCGCUAUGAAGCCGAGAAAUGCAGAAGAACAGACUUCAACGAACUCUGGGUCUAUUCUAGAAGAAGAGGCUACUCAAAACUAAAGCUUUCUGACGAAGGAUACUUGAAUGAUUCUCCAACAUCACAACCAAUCGCUACUCAUGCAGCGUGGCAACUUCUUCGGCUGCAUUCUGUUUGUACGAUUGGUACUGCUUUGACAGAUUGGCGGGACUAUAAAGGAUGGACUAUUUGAGAUAAUUCGGGAUUUGAGGUAUUUAGUAGAGCGUUUUGAUUUGAUGUUUUGCUUGAUCUCAAAAGGACAGG